AUGUAUGUGAAAUGGUUUGAUACAGUAAUGUUUUACUAUGUGAUUUUAGGGUAUUUAGUGAAUUUCACAUUUUGACAUUUUUAAAUUUCCCGCCAGUUCCGUCCCCGUACGUCCCGACGCUCGCAGGGAACGGAACCCAGAAGACAGAUGCCGGCAUCAGCCGGGGGACAUGGCCGGGGAUGCUGCAGGGGGGACAUCACAAGAGCGAAGGACAAGGUAAGUGCAGAAGAGAUCCCGGUGCAACACUGCAAGGUAUUCCUGAGUGUAGAUCGGGGUUACUGCUUGUGCUACACUCGGGAAUACCGCCAGGGG